GGUUACAUUACAUUACACUGAAUAACUUUGAAUUGCAAUGACCAAACAAUAACGAUGACAUCAACAGCUUUGUCUCCAACAUUGCUAUGUUCAUUCCAUUCACCUUUGGCCUCAAAAUCAUCACUCUAUCAUCUCCAAUGGCACAUACCAAAACAGGUUCACAAUCACUACCCUUUCAGCUCCAUCAAUUCACUCUCUUCUGCAAAACCACUCGUUCUUUCCAAUUCCAGAAGAACCCACUUGUGCUCCGCAGGUCGACGCAAACCCACAGAGUUGGCCACAUCCUCGUCGGAUAAAGAGGGAGAUGAGAAUCUAAAGAGAGUUCUUCAAAUUGGGUUGUGGGGUGCUGAGGCUGUCUAUAUUUUGUGGCUCUUCUUGCUUCCUUAUGCUCCUGGAGAUCCUGUAUGGGCUAUAAGUUCAGACACAGUCAACUCUCUUGUGGGUCUUUCUCUCAAUUUCUUUUUCAUCUUGCCGUUCGUGAAUCUUGUUGGCAUUCGUCUGAUUGAUGCCCCAGUUCUUCAUCCUAUGUCAGAAGGACUAUUCAACUUUGUGAUUGGAUGGACAUUCAUGUUUGCCCCCUUACUGUUCACAGAUCGUAAGAGAGAUAGAUACAAGGGGUCUCUUGAUGUACUAUGGGGACUACAAAUGUUCCUCACAAAUACAUUUUUGAUCCCAUACAUGGCUAUCCGAAUGAAUAAUGCUGAUGAUGACAAUGCUCCAAUCAAAAAUUCAAAAUUGGGUUCUAUUAUGACAACUGGUGCUCCUCUUGUUGGACUUAUUGGUGGGGGCAUAUGUCUCAUAUCUCUAUUGUGGGCUCUUUUUGGUCGAAUGGAUGCAAAUUUUGGUGGCAUAGUAGACAGAUGGGAGUACUUGGUUGGUUAUCUUGGUUCAGAAAGGCUGGCUUACGCCUUCAUAUGGGAUAUAUCUCUGUAUACAAUUUUUCAGCCUUGGUUGAUUGGUGACAACCUACAGAAUGUUCAGCAAAAUAAGGUUGCAGUAGUGAAGUAUCUUAGAUAUGUGCCGGUUGUUGGCUUAAUGGCUUAUCUUCUUUGCUUGGAGCCUAAAGAGGGAUAACGUUUGGGUCGACUAUGUAGUAAUAACUGAUCUCUCUGAACAUUUUUGAGAAACCAAACAGUUUCAUGUAUCGAUUUCUCGACAGGGAUAGUUGUGUUAAAGAUUCGUCAAGAAUCCCCGGAUGAGGGGUUUGUUUGGACAAUUCAUUUAUUCCGUCUUAAAUAUUUGUCA